UUCUGGCUUUUUAAAACUUGACUCCAAAGCAUACUGUGGGAUCCCAUAAGGCUCAGUCUUACCUAACAUGAUGUCACUCGGUGAGGUCACCUUCAGAUUGGGAGUCAAUAAUGCGAUCAGUAUGUCAAUGACACCCUUCUCAUCUGACUCAGGGAAUGACACAGAGAUUGUGAACAGGUCUGGACAGGGCUAUAGGCACAAGAAGGAACAAUGUGGUGCUGAACCCUGCAGAACAGAGGUUUCUAGGUCUGGGAAGCUGGUGUCCAACCAGUUCUGGAGCGGUUUGUGUUUCCCUUGAAGGAGCAGGUGUGCAGCUUGUGGGUAAAUCUUGCAUGCUCUGGGUAUGUCUAUCCAUGCUCUUGUACCUCUCUGGGCUGGAUUUCUAGGUUUUGCUCCUGAAGGUGUUUGAUAGCUUCAGCUAAUACUGUGCCAAUUUAGUUCCAGAUGAAUCUGACCAUAGUCUUCUAUCAUCUCAGUCAGUGUGCCUUCAAGUCAUUUUUGAAUUAUGGCGACUCUAAGGUGAACCUAAGGCAGGUUUCUUCAGAGUGGGUUUGCCAUUGCCAUCCUCUGAGGCUGAGAGAGUGUGACUUGCUCACGGUCACCCAAUGGAUUUCACGGCUGAGUGGGGACUCGAACCCUUGUCUUCAUAGUCCAAUGCUUAAACCUCUACACCACACGCCUCACUCAGAGAGCGAAGUGAAAUCCCUUGCGUUAAAAGCAUUAUUAUUUCAUUAUUUGCAGGUCGCUAUUUUGGGAACAGAAACCUUCUCUUCCCAAAAUAGAUAACAACUUCUGCUUUUUGGAACAGUCGUCGGUGGAAAAUUCCUAUUGAUUUCUGUGGGCUCUGAACAUUCAGUGAUGGCUUGAAGAACCUUUCCAUAGGCAUUGCCUCUGUGGAAGUGAAUCUCGAUACCUUGUCUGGCGUUAUGAAGAUAAAAACAGUGUUGUGUAUCAUGAUUUUUGCCGCCUUUGUGCCUUAAUACGUUUAAAGCUGGGGCUGAACACAAACAAAUUGAGAAAUUAGUAUUUCCAGCCUAUUCUAACCUUGUAGGAUGUAAUUAGCAGGGAAGCAUGAUUCCUUUUGAUUUUCCUGUGCAGAAGGGAUAUUGAUACUUCAGACCCAGCACUAUGAGAGCAGAAUUCAAGUACUUCUCAAACACACGUUGGCUCUGAGUUGCAUUAUAUCAGCCUCGCCAGUCGGUCGUGACUCUGCUGAAAAGCGGUGUUUAGCUAAGGAUGCCCAGUUGCUAAGCAAUGAGCAUCCGAGGCUUAAACACUUAAAGCUGUAGUGCAAAGUUUUCCCUUCUGAGCCAUAACAUAUUUUGAUGUUGCAAAUGGGAAGGUUGCGGUCCUUCUUCCCCAUCCUCAGCUUAUCAUUCAGGAGGCAUUUUGUACGAGGGCGACUCCGUUAUUGUACAAAAGGUUUAACGUCUGGGAAUUUUGCAGCUUGUUUCUAAUAAUGUUGCCUCGCAUUAUCUACAGCAGCAGACCAAACAAAUGAACAAACAACCCUAACCCCUUUCUCUGUUACAGGGGAGGGAGGAUGCGUUUGGCUUAGUGUGAAACAGUGGGCAAAGCCCAGUUUGCAAAAGAAGGCUUAGCUGGACAAAUGCAUCCGAGGAAGUAGAUGUAAGUCUACAAAAGCUCAUGCUGCCAACUUCUUUCUUUCAGUUGGUCUCAAAGGGACUACAAGAUCUCUUUAUACACUGAUUUUACAGACUUCUAUGGUGCAUCUUUGAAUAUUAGCUGGACAAGUGAUGCUGCACAAGAAGCUGGAGAGCAGCGUUCGAGAACAGAGUAGAACUCCUCAUUCUUUUCUUGAGCCACCAGUGUAGAUUAUUGGUCUUGACCGGCUAGAAGAGCAGAAAAAUGUUUCCCAAACAGUAUGGAGUUCAAGGAUCUUGCAGUGCAGCCUGAAGAAAGACCUCUCCUGCAGAAGACUUGAGAUCUCCCAAAUAUGAAGUACCUCCCAUCCAUUUUUUUUCGAUGCUUGAAAUUGAAUUUGACUCCUGAAGAUGUUCCAAGACCAGCAGAAGGUCCAGUGCCUCAACAGCACAUUUGUACACAUUACAUUCUUGAAUCAUCAACCCUCCUCACAUUGCACAGAGCACCUGAGGAGGUCAGGCAGUCUCCUUCCAAGUCAAAGGAUGGACCAAACACUAACCAUUGCUCUCUUUCUGCUGUUUGGAGGCCAGUGCUAUUGCUAGUACAGCCAAGUCACCACUGUCCUUGCUCAAGAGGGAAGUACUGGUGGGAUCAAGGAGACACCAAAGUUUACAGAAGCUCCCCCACCACCCCUCCAGAAAUAUAUAUCUUAAUAUUCUUAAAAGAUAGGCAUCUGGGAUGCAGCAUAUCCAGCCGGCAUACAAUGCUGGCUCUCAAGGUAAAAAACCCAAAGAUCAGGCCAGAAUAGAAUAGAACGGUUGGAAUCCUGAAUGGCAGCACUCAAUGCUGCAACAUUUUGUUGCAAUCCCCCAUGGCUUUUGCACCGAGUAUAAGGUCGUCUCUCUCUUUCUCUCUCUCCGUCUUUUAAAAUCAUGUAUAAUUACUUCCUUAUAAACAUUAAUUUGGAGGCAGUCACGAUUCUCACAUGACGGUACCUUCCCCACCCGCCGGCUUUGAAUGGAAAAGUGACACAGCUGAAUUUUUUAAAUAGCUUUUUUUCAGCCCAUUGACAGUCCCUUAAAAAAAAAAAAAGAUAUCAGCAACCCAGAAGGAGAAGAAGCAAGAAACUCCAGUGAGUCAUGGAAGAAGUGGGUGUGUUUCUGCAGAGAGCAGCUUUCGUAAUGCAUCCCUGGAACAGAAAACCCCUGUACGCAGGCUCUGUGCUGGCAGAGCGCUCUCCUCCUCCUUUACUACCAGUGUGGAUAACAGCUGAGCCGCUUUCUUUAAUGGCAAUUAGAAGUGAGGUUGAGAUGCAGUUCCUCCACCCAAGGUGGCUGUGGGAAGUGAGAUCCUGGGGCGAUGAGGGACCUUCUUUGCCUUGAGGAGGCCGCAAGCAAGUUAUGGUUGGCUUUGUGGGUAUCGCAGAUCAAAUCCAACCUAAGAAGUAAUUGGCAAGAUGGUGCAGCGGAGGGAGAACUCUGGGCAGCUUUGGCAGUGAGAGGCAUUUGGGGAUAAGUGGCCAGAAGGUGACCGUGAUGACGGCCUGGUCUAUGGUGGAAAGGCUGAAAAUGGAGAAGCGGCGCUCCCAAGAAGAGAGGACGGCAGAACAAGACGGAGGGGAUUGCAGCCCGGAAUCGGAAGAGUGGACAAGUUCCGAGAGCGAAGCGGAGCAGCCGCCCUUCAGGAACAGCUGCAGCAACCCACAGUGGCGGGAAACAGAGAUCCCCCACAAACCUCACCGGCAGCUCUGCCGCUCUCCUUGCUUGGAUCGCCCGAGUUUUUCACAGAGCAGCCUCCUUCAGGAUCUGAAACUGGAAGAGCACAAAACGAACUUGAACAAAGAAUAUCAAGCCAAAAUUGAUUUUGCUUUAAAACUGGGGUAUGCUGGGGAUCAGAUUCAAGCUGUGUUGAACAAGCUGGGGGCAGACGCUCUCAUCAAUGACAUUUUGGCAGAGCUCGUGCGACUUGGAAACAAAGCGGAGAAUGAAGGACAAGCUGGUGCUGGAAGUACUUCUGCUACCGCUGGCACUGGCACAAAGGAGACUGCCAGCCCUGAGCUGUCUUUGGAAGAUGAAUUGGUGGACAGUUCUGACAAUUUGAGGCCAAUCGUCAUUGAUGGAAGUAAUGUGGCAAUGAGCCACGGGAAUAAAGAAGGAUUUUCUUGUCGUGGGAUUCAGCUGGCUGUCGACUGGUUUCUGGAGAAAGGUCAUAAAGACAUUACAGUGUUUGUGCCUGCGUGGAGAAAGGAGCAGUCUCGACCAGAUGCACCCAUUACAGAUCAAGAAAUUUUACACAAACUAGAGAAGGAAAAAAUCCUUGUCUUCACUCCGUCUCGGAGAGUUCAGGGGAGGAGGGUAGUCUGCUACGAUGACCGCUUCAUAGUGAAACUGGCUUACGACUCUGAUGGCAUCAUCGUGUCAAAUGACAAUUAUCGCGACCUCCAAAACGAAAAGCCAGAGUGGAAGAAAUUCAUAGAGGAACGGCUACUGAUGUAUUCUUUUGUCAAUGACAAGUUUAUGCCACCUGAUGAUCCAUUAGGACGCCAUGGGCCUAGCCUUGAAAACUUCUUAAGGAAGAAACCUGUUAUCCCAGAACACAAAAAACAACCGUGUCCUUAUGGCAAAAAGUGCACCUACGGACACAAGUGUAAAUAUUACCACCCAGAACGUGCAAACCAGCCGCUGAGAUCCGUAGCAGAUGAGCUUCGCAUCAGUGCCAAACUAUCUGCUGUAAAAACCAUGAGCGAAGGAGCAUUGGCUAAAUGUGGCACAGGGGCAGCCCUUUCCAAAGGAGACAUCACUUCAGAGGUUAAGCGCAUUGCCCCGAAACGUCAGUCUGAUCCAAGCAUUCGGUCAGUGGCCGUCGAACCUGAGGACAGGCUAUCAAUGACCCGGAAGCCCGAGGCCAACUCUGUCCCUUCCCUUGUUUCAGCAUUAAGCGUUCCAACCAUUCCGCCUUCCAAAAGCCAUCCAGUUGGGGCUUUAAAUACUCGGUCAGCAAGUAGCCCUGUACCAGGUUCAUCUCAGUUCACACAUCAAAAGUCCUCCUUGGAACAUAUGGCCAGUGUGCAGUAUCCUCCAAUCUUGGUCACCAAUAGCCAUGGGACCUCCAUCAACUAUACAGAUCAGUACCCAAAGUAUGAGUCUUUGGGAGACCAUGGCUAUUACUCUAUGCUCAGUGACUUCUCCAAUUUGAGCAUCAGCAGCAUGCACAACACGGAUUAUUACGGGGCUGAGGUAGACCAAGGUAUAUACUCCAGAAACUCAAGCCCAUGUCCUGACAGUUGCCUAAGCCAUACAAGCAAUGAUUCUUACUCCUCAUACACUGACUUGUAUCUGGGUGUGGGAGAGGCAAACCCAGAAGACAACGUCAAGGUCAGACUCCCGCCACAAAAUCGUCUCCAGCCUUUUUCUCACGGAUAUCAUGAGGCCUUAACAAGAGUCCAGAGCUAUGGCACAGAAGGGUCUAAACAUCCGCCUCGUAAACAUUCGGCUUCCCAUUUAGCGCUUCACGUCCAACAUCCUGUCAUCGGGGCACGGUCCAGUUGCCCAGGAGACUACCCCGCACCUCCAAACGUUCACCCGUCGGCCACUGCCCAGCCGAGCCGUGCCCUUGUUAUGACGCGGAUGGACAGCAUUUCUGACUCACGGCUAUAUGAAAGCAAUCCCACCCGGCAGAAAAGGCCACCCCUCUGCCGAGAACAGCAUGCCAGUUGGGAUCCUUUGCCCUGUCCAACGGAUACUUACGCUUACCACUCUUAUCCCCUUAGCAGCAACCUCAUGCAGCCAUGUUAUGAACCCGUGAUGGUGAGAAGCAUGCCUGAGAAGAUGGAGCAGCUCUGGAGGAAUCCUUGGGUCGGGGUCUGUGGGGAGCUACAAGAACCUCACAUCAUCCCAGAGCAUCAGUACCAAACCUAUAAGAAUCUCUGUAACAUUUUUCCUGCCAGCGUUGUCCUUUCUGUAAUGGAGAAGAACCCCCAUUUGACCGACGCACAGCAGUUGGCAGCUAUGAUUGUUUCCAAAUUGAGAACGGGGCGUUAAAAGCCACUCCGUUUUGAGAAGAUAAGUGUAGAAAAGACCCAUCCAGGCAUCCCAGAGGAGAUCCCUGUGAACAGCCAGGGAUAAUUCUGCCCUUGUAAAUAGUUUCUAACUGUGGUAUAUGACUCUGUAUAUAUUGUUGCGGUUAUUUAAGAUGUGUGACGCAUUCUGUAAAAGCAGAUUAUAUUAUAAAUAGGAAUAUUUAAGAUUUUUUAAAGCCGUUUUUUGAAAAAAAGAAAGGCAUUUUAACAGGGAGUGCAUACCUUAUGCAUGGAUGUAUCACUUAUUGAAUCCAAAAGGUCAUGUGUUGAUAUGUCUGAAAUAGGUCCUUCAAAACUGUUAGCAAUUAUAUUGCAUGAGUCAGUGUAUAGUUUUAAGUAUUAAUUGACAUGUUGCUCCAGUAAAAUAAGCUCUGUGCACUUAAAACAUCCUCUUAGGUGAAGAGAAGCUUGGCUUGCUCUUCUUAAGCAUCUGUCGCCAAUGCACUUGUCACAAGACAAAGACCAGUCAGUUGACAAUGCCCUUUGAUGUGCUGCGGAAAUGUCCUUUUAUAAAUAAGGGACAUUCCCCAGACUUGAAGAGAACAAGGUAAGAUGUAGGAUUAGCAUACCCAAUGCACCUUCCUUAGGAAACACUCUUUGAAGAAUGGAACACCCAUGAGAAAUUGAAUGCUUGCAAGCAAGUAAAAUAAGUUUCAGCUAAAUACUAGCGCAACACUGUAAGUGUUAUAACUGGGCUUUUUUGCAGUCCAAAAAGCAGAAAAGUUUUAGUAUCCCAGAUUUUUCUGCAUUAUUUUUCUGGCUGUUUUGACCAAGCACCCAUAAAUUGGACUGAAUUUCGAUACUAAUGUAGAAACAAGCCAAUUUGGAGUUUAAAACCGGCCAGUUUUAUCUGAUAGCGGAAGGCAGGCUGAAAGGGGUGCUACACAAUUGGGUUGAUUGCCAACUUGCUUUGCAUUUGUAUGCUGACAUCCAUGCAAAGGUAUGCGUUUGCUUCCUGAAACCCCUCGUCCGACAGGCCAGAGCCGUCGCCGUCGUGCUGUGGGUGGCAAUGUUUGUGCAAUGGGUAUUUUUUGCUCAGGGUGGGCAACUUUAUAGGCAAAUGUCUCCCGCACGAGGCAUUUAUGGUGGCAGUGAUGGCUUUCUUUUCUCCUCUCUCUUUUUUAAAAUAAGCUGCACUGACCGGACACCCUUUUAAAAUCCGAACGUGUAUUUCAGCAUUUUGAACCACUACUAACUCGAUAUGUCUCGAGCUAGGACUUGUUGACUUCUACUGUAGUUUUUUUUCAUGAAAGUUGAGAAGGCCCGGUUUCCGGCCUUUUGUUUCUUCAUGAGAAGGUGUGACACUGCCUAAAUGUUUCUUACUUUGAAACACACGGAACGUGAGGCUGCAGUCAGGGUUGUUUCUGGUGUUUUGAUAAGGGCUUGCCAGCUGCUUUCGGGUUGUUUUUGAUCCCCAUCAUGCACCCUUCCUUGAGCGAGCGCACGGAUGCUCAGAACAGCUGAUGGCCUGGGCCAAACAAGUACCUCUAAAUCCCAUUGUGAGAAAGGCAGGAUAUAAUUCUGUUGAGGGAUGAAUGUGCCUUAGGUGGGACAGAUGAGGUACAAAUUCCAUUCCAUGUGGAUCCAAUCAUUAUUGUCUACAAGAGGUUCUCAUCCAGGCAGCAUCCUUAGUGGUAGUACAUUCAUGUCUCUCCCUAAAGAGGCAGAAGGGAUUUUGCAAUUGAUUUCAAGUAGAAGAAGAAGGAUCUGUGCAGACCCAGUCUUCCCAACAUGAGGAAAGAUGACAGGAUCAAUUCGCCCACCAUUCUCACUUCUUCACCAUUAAAAGGGACAUGUAGAUUCCUUGCAGACACUGCAGUUGCCAUUUCAGCAUUACUAACUAGAUCCCUUUUCCCAAGUUGUUGCAGAAACCUGCUAUGGACGCACUGUUCUCUCAACAGUUCUUUGUAAUCCCAGGUUGGAUUUCAGCAUGUUGCUCAGUUGGUUUUGGAAAGAGGGACACCAUGCUGACUUACGGUUAGCAUGGCGCCUGCCUGGGAGCAUCAGUCCUUUCAUCCAGUCUUUUAGAGCUGCCGAGUAGAAAUGCAAAUAGGCCCUAAAUGUGCUUUAGCCGGUGCGCAAUGAGAUGCACAGACCCAAAAGAAAAAUAUUGGGAUUGGGAUAGAGGAAUAAAAAUUUGGAGGGGGUUGGGAAAGGAAAACCACCAAUUUCCGCCACCAAUACUUUCCCGGCCAGGAUGGGAUCCCUUUAAUGGUUAUUUUCUAGCUCCUUUCCUUCUGUGGUCCAAAAAGCAGCUGAGAGCAAUGCCUCAAAUAACCAGAAACGACCUUUUGUUUGUUGAUACAAAUUGUAUCUUUCUUGAUUGUAUAAAAAAAUAUGUACAAAAGCCGUCUGUAGAUUUAGCUUCGGUAUUGUAUUUUCAUGACUAUGUUUGUGGCACCGUGUGUCACAGGGGUGUGUCGCCCAUGGAGGAUUAUGAAUCUUUUUAUUUAAGAAUGGGCACCUAACCAGUUUCUAGGACACAGACUUAGUUAGGCAACUUUGGGAAUCAACUUUAUUACUAUGAUGUGCACAGCGAGGGUGCGUGCGCCGAAGGCCACUGCGCUGCGUAAGUUAUAUUAAGUCUAUUUAUUAAAUGAAUGCAUUCUUCCAGUGAUUUUUCUUUCCUCUUUGUAAAUAAUAAGGUUGGUGUUCAUAUUUAUAUACGGAGCUAUUGACAGUAAUGCUGCUAUACAUCUUGCUUUAAGUAUCAUUUAGAUUCAGCGCAAAUACUUUUGUACGCUCCCAAUUUCUUGCAUGAAUUCAGUUUACGUAUGUAUUAAAAAUGGGCAUUCACCAUUUUAUUCCUAUUUUAAGGCCACCUUUUGCAGGGGAUUUUAGAGCAGUUGUUGGCGCAUGUGGCUUUUCUUGGGACUAAAAUAUUUUACCGUUGCUGUAAGCCUUCUAUAUACCGUUCUCUAUUUUUUAAAACCUCAGUAUAUUUUGCGUUUCUCUCUUUGGAAGAAACAUUGCUGUACCAUAACUGUAAUACUCCUUUUCUUUUUCUUAACCAAGGAAGGAGAGCCUUCUUUCCCCUUAAAAGAACGUUUCCAAAUCUGUCUUCUCCGCAGUUAAAGCGAGGAGAAGGAAAACUCGGGAGCGGUUUGCCAAAUGCUAUUUUGCGUGCCAAUGCUUUAUCUUCAGUGACUUUGAUACAUUAGUUCUGUCCUCACUUCUUUUCUCUCUCUCCUGUGCCAGUCUAAAGACUGGCAUUUCACCGACACAUCAUCUCUUAUUACAGAAUUUCUUCUAACAUAGAAGAGAUGGUAUAUUUGAAAUAUAAAAAAGCCACAGUCGCCUGUAUUGUAAAUACCAGACUUUGCUUUAAAAUGCUCUUUUUGAGAGCACAGUAUUUAAUUUUUUUUAAAUUGUGUACCAAACAGCUACAGAAUAUCUAUCUAUCUAUCUAUCUAUCUAUGAACUAAACAUGCCCCAGUUAUUUCCCUCUUGUAAAAUAUUUAUUUGAAUUUAAGAUUUUCCGUAACUUAUUCUGGAAGAGUGCGCAAUAUUCAGCUUGCUUGGCAAGUGGUAUAUCUGUGUGGGAAAACCCAAAAGGUCGUUCUGGAAUGCAAUUCUAGGUGAGGCAGGUUUGUAAAUAUCAUUUUAUUUAGUCUCGUUUUUGCUUGUAUGCAUUCAUGCGUCGGUUUGUUUUUUAAGUUGUUCUGGUUGUACUACGGUAGUUUGCUUUCCUCCUUUGUAGAAUUAAACAUUCUUGUUUAAUUGUUGUUGUAAAAAAAAGAACCACAAACUAUUUAUACAAUCUCUUUGGGUUUUUUGGUUGACCCAAAUAUAAUGUAAGUCUCAAUGACAAAGAGUGAAGAUAAUAAAAGACUUUUCAGCCAAAUGGCCCGGAUCCAGCAAGAGGCAGGCUGGAAAGUUGGCUUCUCCAAGGGCAGCGGAAGCGGGUCACGAUGGCAACCCUGGCCCUGUAGAAUUGGGCUGGGUGGCCAUUUUGUGGGGAAGGGCAUGUGCCCAGCUGGGGGGCACUAGUCCGGUGUGGUUAGAGCCGGCGCGGGGUGUCUCUAAUCUGUAUCUUUUGUGCAAUGCUUUUAUUGGCAGCUGCAUGUUUAAGGCAUGUUAAGCUGUUAUGUUAAGCUGCAUGUUUUGGCGUGGGCAUGCGUGUCGUUGCCUUUUGUAAAAAGCAGUUUUAUAGAAACUCAAAAGCUGAGAUAAUCACCAGCAUCAGCUUUGGUUGGCGGGUGGGAUGGGGUUUAGAGAAACUAGUUUUCCCCUAAAUGUGAAAACAGAUGGCUUUAUAUCAAUGAUUCCCAAACUUUGGUCCUCUAGGGGUUUUUUUGGACUCCAACUCCCAGAAACCCCAUCUAGCUUGGUCAGGAAUUCUGGGAGAUGAAGUCCAAAAGUUCUGGAGGACCAAAGUUUGGGAACCACUGCUUUAUAUUUUUGGUGAUCUACAGAUGGUGGUAAGCAGUUGUUUCCCUUGCAAGUUGGUUGUCAGCAGGCUAAAACACCCUGCAUGAAUAACCCAGUUGGAGACCACUUUUAACUGCCCUGGCUCAACGCUAGGGAAUUCUGGGCAUUGUCGUUUUGUGAGGUAUUUAGCCUUCUCUCUCAGUGCCACAACAAACUACAGUUCCCAGGAUUCUCUAGCACUGAGCCAGGGCAGUUAAAACGGUGUCAAACUGGAUUAUUUCUGCAGGGUGUUUCGGCCUAGUAGCUCAUUCUUAGUACCUACGGAUCAAAUGGGCCUAGCAUCACAAAGCUGCUUUCCGGUGCUACCAAACCAAUAGCAGGCAUUCCUGAUCUGCAAACCAAGCAUUUGUUUGGCCUGACACUUAGCCAGACAUACACUUGGAGACUCUUUGCUGAGAGUAAGAACAACCAGCACCAUGUUACUCAUUCAGACAACCAACUUGAGAAGGAUUUCUUUUUUUAAACUGCGAAUUAAUUGCUUACCAUGUACUUGACUGCUGAAUGUUUUCAGCCUUUAGAGCAUUAGCUUUCUGUUGGAAGUCUUGCCAAAGUGAUGAUGGCGGUGACGAGAAACCACUUUUACGUGGAUUCAGCAGACUCAGCGAAGUGAAAGAGGUUACCCAACAGCAGAAAACGCGUCGGGCAGCUUGUGUGCGAUGCCUUACAUUUGUUUCAACAGGGCUGCUAAAUACAUGCACGCACACUCUUGUGCAAAAUUUGUCGUCAUUUCAUGCUGAAAGAUAGUAAGUGCCCAUUAGCUCACAACCAUUUCGGGGGGCUUCGGCUUGCUUGUAUUUAGAACUCACAAUUUUUGGUGAGCGAUGCAGCCAGUGAGGUUUGUUUAAAUACAUCUUGGACUGACAGCUUCUGGUUAAUAAGGUUUUGUGUGGCUGUUUUCUAUCUGGACGUUUAUAUAAAUGUAUUCAAUAAACUGAGUCACUU